UCCGCUGCCGAGCGCGCGCCAAAAACGGGAGCCACGGCCGAGCGCGCGGGAGGGAUAAGGAGGAGACGGGCGUUUCCCGCCCGCCAUUUGCUCCAUCCGCCGGCGACGACAGCAUCGACGAGGUCAUCCCCGCCGGUCGUCACCCGCUCCCCUGCUCCAACGCUCCCCCGCAGGAAGGUCGUCACCCGCUCCCCUGCUCCACCGGUCGUCCCCACUGCCAGGCGCCGCGCCAGGAAGGUCAUCCCCUCCGGCGCACCCCCAAGUUCCACCUGCCGGCGCUGCUCCUCCAAGCCUGGGAAGCUCCGCCGGCCGCACUGCUCCUCGAACCUCCUCCCCGCUGCACUGCUCCAGCCUCCAAGUCUGCAAGGUCCUCACCGCCGACGGCCUCAUCCUGCUCCAAGGAUGUCGACAUCAGAGAAUGCACAAGUUGAUGGAGCCAGCACUGAGGCAGUGAAUCUCCUGAAAAGGAACUCAGAUGAUGUUGGAUGGGAGUAUGGUGUUCUUGUUGAUGCUAACAAUAAGGACAAGGUCAGGUGCAACCUUUGUAGUAAGGAGAUGAGGGGAGGUAUUUAUAGGCUAAAGCAGCAUUUGGCUCAUGAAGGAAAGAAUGUGACUAAAUGUCCAGCUAGAACACAGCAGGCUUCGGAGGCUAAAGCAAAGUGCAAGAAAGCACUAGAAGAUGCAAAAAGGAAGAGGGAGGAGAAGACUGUCCGUGAGCUAGAACUUAGAGCGGAAGUGGAUGUGUCUAGGGUUGGAGAGUCAGAGGAAGUCACUUGUGUUGGUAGUUCACAGCCUCACAAAUUAGGACCUAUUGACAAAUGGACACGUGCUAUUGAUCCUACAGCUACCAAGACUGAGUCUUUAAAGCAACAGCAGCUGAACAAAGAACUUUGGAAAGAAAGAUCAAAUGAGCAAUACCUUUCAAUGCAUGUGACAAUGAUGACUUCAAGCAAAUGUGUGAAGCAAUUGGACAGUUUGGACCUGGAUUUCAGCCUCCAAGUGAUGAUUUACUGCGAGAGAAAUUGCUGGAACAAGAAUAUGCAAGAACCAAGAGUUUGAUGCAGGAACGUCAAGCUGAGAAGUUGAAAAAUGGGUGCUCUGUUAUGACCGAUGCUUGGUCAGAUAGGAAGAGGAGAAGCAUAAUGAAUCUGUGCACUAAUUGUGCUGAAGGAACUGAAUUCAUCAGCUCAAAAGAGAUGUCAGAUGUGUCACACACAAGUGAAGUCAUCUUUGAACUAGUGGACAAAGCAAUUGAAGACUUGGGUCCAGAAAACGUGGUGCAAGUAGUGACCGACAAUGCCUCCAACAACAUGGGAGCAAAGAAGCUAUUGCUUGAGAAGAGACCACAGAUAUUUUGGACAUCUUGUGCAGCUCACACAAUCAACUUGAUGCUCCAAGGAAUUAGCAACUUGCCUCGGUUCAAGAAAGUGAUUGACCAAGUAAAGGCAUUUACUAUAUUUGUCUAUGGCCACACAAGAACAUUGGACUGCUUGAGAUACUUCACGGAGGGGAAAGAGGUAGUGAGGGCAGGAGUGACUAGGUUUGCUUCAAACUUUCUCACUUUGAACAGCAUGCUAGAGAAGAAGGA